AUGCCUCCCUUACCCUACUACUACGGCGAUGAUGGUGCCUACGACUACGACUCCUCACGACGCCCUUCACCUCACCAUCACUAUAGCGACUACCGUAGGACUGCACACCUCGAUCCAGGCUUUACCUCUGGUGGUCUGCAUCGAAGCCGAUCUACCGGCCACGGCCCGGCUCCUGUGAUCAACAUACACAAUCGCAUGGCCCAGGACAACGACAAUCGAUCACCUUCACCUCAGCCGCCUUACAUGCCUCAACCACCUUACAUGCAUCAGCCAAUGUACCCAAUGCAUGUCCCAGUGCCUUAUCCAGUCGCCCGAUCUUCCCCACGGGUCACUCCUCGUGCCUCACCAGAAGUUCGCGGACGACGUCUAGGCGAUCGGCUGGGCGACGAGCUCGAGCUUGACCUAGCUGAGAUGGCGUUGGAGCAUCGUUAUGGCCGAUCCCGGUCGAGGGGACGCUCUGACGCCUCUGUCAUGCCAGGUGCUUUCCCCGGACUCGCUGAGUGGCAGCUGAAGAAACGUGAAGAGGAGCUCAAGGAGCAGUCGCGCGAGCGAAGGUGGAAGCUCGAACAAGAGCGCAUUGAGACCAAGAUCAAGCUUGAUAAUCUGGAGGCGGCCGCCAAGAAGGAGAGGGCUGAGGAGGCCGCGAAAUCUAACGAGCAGCGUGUUCUCGAGAGCUACCAGCGAAAGCUUCGAGAGCAAGCUGAGGAAGCGAAGUCUAACGAGCAGCGUGUUCUCGAGAACUACCAGCGAAAGCUCCGGGAGCAGGCCGAGGAAGAGAAGCGCCUUGCAGCGGAAUUUGAGCAAAAGCAACGCGAACGAAAAGAGAUGGAGAAAGCCGAGGAGCAGCGGAUCAAGGACAAGCUGGAGAAGGACAAGAUUGCAGAAAAGGAGAAGAAGGAGCGCGAAUACAAGGAGUUCAAGCAGCGCGAGCAGGAUGCCAAGGAUGAGGAGGAACGCGUAUACAACGAAUUCCUGCGCAAGCAAAAGGAGAAAAAGGAGAAGGCAGAAAAGGAAGCAAAGGAAGCAGAGGACGCUUUCCAAGGCGAGAUGCGCAAGCGUCUCGCAAAUCUCGGCUAUACUGACAAGACCAUCGAGAUAAUGGUCGACGAGGAGAAGGCCAAGAAGUUCAAGACACAAGUUGAGAAGAAAGACGAUCCUUUUCAACCACCGCGAGCACCCGUCUACCCGAAGAUCAAGACCAAGUACAUCUCUAUCGAGACGCUGCGGUACUACCAGCUUCCUUGGAAGUACGACCCGACCAACUCAGAAUACAUCAUCAUUCUCCAGGACAUGGACCAUCGCGAGACAGAGCUUCUGUUUGAGCACACUUCUCGGCUACGAAGCGGCAAAUUGCUGCUGGAGCCCAAGAAGGAGAAGCCUGAGUUUGCCUUUUAUCGUAGGAGAAGUCGAUCGAGAGGCCGUCCAACGAAGGAACUUGGCAUUUUGCGGAUUGCGUGA